AUGCGCGCUCGCAUGGCGUCUCUCCCACGCCUAGCGCUCUCCCGCGCAUGUACGCGAAUGACGACGACGACGACGCCGUCGAUGGCUGUCGGUACAUUGUUGCACCUGUCCACCGCUCCAGACCACGCCCAAGGACCACCUGUAGCUGGCAGACCGCAGCGCCGCCUUCAGUACGACGCGCACAUACCCACGACGCCGCUCCAGAAGCUCGUGCUGGCCGUUACAUCGGCCGUCACGGUAUUUGCUAACCCUAAACGCGGCGACAUGUUGGCUAUUUUGGGUGACGUGACAGGCCGUGACGCCCUGCGCCGCAUCCAUGCACACAUGUGCGCGGAUCCUAUUGGCUCCCGCAUUUUGGCCGACAAGCCCGUGAUUCGUAAUCAUAAGAUCGACCGCGACUACCUCCGCGCUCUCCCGAGCAAUACAUUUGGCCACCAGUACGCCCUGUUUAUGGCCAGGCACGGCUUCGAUGCCAACGAUCGCUCGCCUGUGCGGUAUGUCGAUGACCCGGAACUGGCCUACGUCAUGCAGCGCCAUCGCGAGUCGCACGACUUUUGGCACACGCUGUUUGACUUGCCCCCGACGGUUUUGGGCGAGAUCGCACUCAAGUACGUGGAGAUGGUACAUGCCAAGCUGCCGGUGAGUGCUCUGAGUGCAUUUGUAGGUCCGCUGCGGCUCUCGAGCGACGAUCGGUGGCUGCUGCUGAAUGUGUACGUGCCAUGGGCUUGUCGCGCGGCAAAGAAGGUGCACUCGUUGCAUUGCAUUGUGUAUGAAGAGGAGUUCGAGACGCCGAUUGAGGAGCUGCGCCAGCGUCUGAAUAUCGAAGUCGCUCCGUCGUUACCGAAACACAAGCAACAGACGCUCUGA